AUGAGGGGGGCCUUCUGCGGACUGAGCAUACGAGGAGGCCGUCGAGGACCUCUCCGUGCAGAUGCGGAGCGCAGGGCCCCAGAGCUCCCGGUGCCACCCUACACCAUUGUCUACUUUCCCGUUCGAGGGCGCUGCGAGGCCAUGCGCAUGUUGCUGGCUGACCAGGGCCAGAGCUGGAAGGAGGAGGUGGUGACCAAGGAGACCUGGAUGCAGGGCCAGCUCAAGGCCUCCUGUCUGUAUGGGCAGCUCCCUAAGUUCCAGGACGGAGACCUCACUCUGUACCAGUCCAAUGCCAUCCUGCGGCACCUGGGCCGCUCCCUCGGGCUCUAUGGGAAGGACCCUCAGGAGGCAGCCCUGGUGGACAUGGUGAAUGAUGGCGUAGAGGACCUGCGCUGCAAAUACAUCACCCUCAUCUAUACCAACUACGAGGCAGGCAAGGAUGACUAUGUGAAGGCACUGUCCAACCACCUGAAGCCCUUUGAGACCCUGCUGUCCAAAAACAAGGGGGGCCAAGCCUUCAUCGUGGGUGACCAGAUCUCCUUUGUCGAUUACAACCUGCUGGAUCUACUGCUGAACCACCAAGUGCUGGCCCCCAGCUGCCUGGACGCCUUCCCCCUGCUCUCGGCUUAUGUGGCGAGACUCAGCGCACGGCCCAAACUCAAGGUCUUCCUGGCCUCCCCCGAGCACCAGAACCUCCCCAUCAAUGGCAAUGGGAAGCAGUGA